UUGUUCGAUCUUCAUUCUCCGACAUUCUCCAAGACAUUCCUCGCAGGUCGCUCCGACUCUACCGAGCCCAUUCCCUUGGAAGGCGUCGAGAAAGACCAGUUCGAUGCUUUCCUCAGCGUCUUGUAUCGCACCUCCUACACCUCCACCCCGAAGCAUAGCGCUACGGCUUGGGCCGCUGUCCUCCAUCUCGCCACCCUCUGGGAUUUCCCAUCCAUUCGCGAGCUCGCGAUCGAGUGCUUCACUCCGUCGGCCUCCGACGUCGACAAGGUCGUUCUCGGUCACCGCUAUGGCCAUGAAGAAUGGCUCCUUCCAGGAUAUACUGGUUUGUGUGGACGGAAGGAACCUCUUACGCGUGAGGAGGGCGCGAAGCUUGGGGUCGAUGAUGUCGUGGCCAUUACUCAAGUCAGAGAGAAAAUU